AUGCCUCAUUUCACGAAACUCCUAUUUAUUUUAUGCCUGAUCCUCCUUGGGGAGAGCAAGAAGCACCGGAGGAGAAGAUGGGCGGAGCAGCUGGAAAUCACCAAGUUCAGUCACAUAUUCAAGAAGAAUCAUGACAUAACUAAAACUCAAAAAGGAAAGACCGAACAGCUCCUGAGAGUAGAUGAUCAUGAUUUUACAAUGAGGCCAGCCUUCGGAGGUCCUGCAAUUCCAGUUGGGGUGGAUGUGCAGGUAGAAAGCUUGGACAGCAUUUCGGAGGUCGAUAUGGACUUCACCAUGACUCUCUACCUCAGGCACUACUGGAAGGAUGAACGCCUUUCAUUCCCCAGCACUACUAACAAGAGCAUGACGUUUGACGGCCGGCUAGUGAAAAAGAUCUGGGUUCCCGAUGUCUUCUUCGUUCACUCCAAAAGGUCUUUCAUUCAUGACACCACCACUGAAAACAUCAUGCUUAGGGUGUUCCCAGACGGCCACGUUCUCUACAGCAUGAGGAUUACAGUAACUGCAAUGUGUAACAUGGACUUUAGCCACUUUCCCUUGGACACGCAGACUUGUUCUUUGGAGUUGGAAAGCUAUGCCUACACAGAUGAAGAUCUGAUGCUCUAUUGGAAAAAUGGGGACGAAUCGUUAAAAACCGAUGAGAAGAUUUCCCUGUCUCAGUUUCUCAUUCAGAAAUUCCACACCACUUCCAGGCUUGCUUUCUACAGUAGCACGGGGUGGUACAACCGCCUGUACAUCAACUUCACUUUGCGUCGCCACAUCUUCUUCUUCUUGCUCCAAACCUACUUCCCCGCCACCCUGAUGGUCAUGCUGAGCUGGGUGUCCUUCUGGAUCGAUCGCAGAGCGGUACCUGCCAGGGUCUCCCUGGGUAUCACGACGGUCCUGACUAUGUCGACCAUCAUCACGGGCGUGAACGCCUCCAUGCCCCGCGUCUCCUACAUCAAGGCCGUGGACAUCUACCUCUGGGUCAGCUUCGUGUUCGUGUUCCUCUCGGUGCUCGAAUACGCGGCGGUGAACUACCUGACCACCGUCCAGGAGCACAAGGAGAGGAAGCCGAGGGACAGGUUCCCUUGCAUGUGCGGAAUGCUUCAUUCAAAAACCAUGAUGCUGGAUGGGAACUACAGUGAAUCUGAAGCCAACAGCCUGGCCGGGUAUCCAAGAGGCCAAGUAGUGACUGAGGAAGAAAGGCAGGAUAAGAUAGCGGUUCACUUGGCCCUGAGCAAUGAAUCAAACUCAUCCCGGAAAAAAGGCCUAAAGGGACACGUAGGCCGACGCCUCAUCCAAAAUACCCAUUCCAUUGACAAAUAUUCCAGAUUGAUAUUCCCCGCCUCCUUCAUAUUUUUCAACUUGAUAUAUUGGUCUGUCUUUUGCUAGAUGUGCAGGAGUCAUGGCUGGGAGAGGCCAGAGACAUUUACA